GAGGGAGAUUUGACUAUUUUUAAACGAAUAGAAGCUCGCGUAGGAAUAGCAAUCCAAUUCCAUUGUGUUUAAAUCGGAUAAUUUGAACAUGGAGUUUGGCGACGACAUUGAACAAGCUCCAAAGGGAGGAUUUCACUGCAAAUUAUGUGAUGUUAAUGUACCCAACAAAGCCAGUCUUGAGGAUCAUUUGAAAGGUCGAAAGCAUCAGAAGCUGUCCAGCGUGCGUGAGACUCGGAGGGCACAGGAGACGAAGAGUGUGUUUGUGAGUGGAUUCCAGCGAGAGACGUCCCAGGUGCAGCUGGCGGAUUACUUCCAGCAGUUCGGGCCCGUUACAGAGGUCAUUAUGGAUAAAGAAAAGGGUGUGUAUGCCUUUGUGGAAUUCAGUGAGACCAAGGGCCUGCAGUCAGUGCUCUCGCACCCCCACCAUAGCCUGGAUGGCCAGAAGCUGCGUGUGAAGCCCAGGGAGAGGAAGGAGUUCAGAUACAUCCCCAAGAAGAAGCAGGACCCCAGGAACUCCCUGCUGAGCCUGGAGGAUCUGUCCCAGGAGCUGUGUCAGGCAGCUUCAGUAAAUGAACAGAUGCAGAAGGUGGUGGAGAGCUUCCAGUUGUCUGAGAGUGAGAAGAAAGUCCGUGCUCUGCUGGUGGAGCUGCUGCAGGAAGUCUUCACCGAGUUCUUCCCUGAGUGCCAGAUUGUGCCCUUCGGCUCCUCUGUCAACACUUUCGACAUCCACUGCUGUGAUCUGGACCUGUUUCUGGACCUGGAGAACACUAAGACCUUCCAGGCCCGAGCAAAGAGCUGCUCGGAGCAGAUGGGGGAGUGUCAUUCGGAGGACGCGCGGUCGGAGGACUCCAUCCUCUCGGACAUUGACCUGUCCACCGCGUCCUCCGCAGAGGUGCUGGACCUGGUUGCAGCGGUCCUGCGGAAGUGUGUUCCAGGAGCGCACAAGGUCCAGGCGCUCAGCAGCGCCCGCCUCCCCGUGGUCAAGUUCAGCCACCGGGAGCUGGGCCUGCAGGGAGACAUCACCAUCAACAACAGGCUUGCUGUCAGGAACACCCGCUUCCUCCAGCUGUGCUCUGGGCUAGACAUGAGAGUGCGCCCCCUGGUGUACUCCAUCCGCUACUGGGCCAAGCAGAAACAGUUGGCUGGCAACCCCUUUGGCGGAGGACCCUUGAUGAACAACUAUGCCCUCACUCUGCUGGUUAUCUUCUUCCUGCAGAAUAGGGACCCACCUGUGGUUCCUGCUGUGGAUCAACUGAAGGAGUUGGCAUGUGAGGAGGAGGAGUGUGUCAUUGAGUGUUGGGACUGCACUUUUCCUAGCCAACCCUUUGCUGUGCCACCUAGCAGGAACACAGAGGACCUCUGCACCCUGCUGGCUGGAUUCUUCUCCUUCUAUGCUCAGUUCGACUUUGCUGGCUCUGUGGUUUCCCUCAGAGAGGGCCAGGCCCUGCCUAUCACAAGUUUCCUCAGUAAAGAGCAGGAAGAGGAGGGGGAGCAGGACAAGGCCAGGGAUCCUGCGCCCAGAACCCCAAGACUGGGGCCUGUCAACGUGCUGGACCCCUUCGAGCUGAGCCACAACGUGGCAGGCAACCUGAACGAGCGCACACAGAAAAACCUGCGGCGUGAGUGCGAGGAGGCAGCCAAGUACUGCCGCAGCCUGCAGUACCAGCGCAAGUCUGCCAAGGGGAAAGCGUGGGGCCUGGUGCGGCUGUUCGUCCCCUGCGGCAGCAGUGCGCACGGCCCACCCGGCGCAGCUGAGCGCCAUCUGGUCAUUGGCAUCCCGUUCAGGGCAGCCGUGCUCCCAGACGCCGUCCGUCAUCAGCUGCACUCUGCCGGGGACCUCUUCCGGCAGCUGUGGUUUGAGAAGGUGUCCCACGCCGUGGUGACCGUCUUUCGGGACGUGCUCAAGUGCAGUGUGGAACCCACCGACUCGCCCAGAAAGGCAGGGCAUUCCAGGCAGAACAGCGGGAAGGAUGCCAGCUUACUUGGUUGUUGCAGCAAGGAGCACCGUCCUCUGAACAGCGGCCAUGGAGGAGUGAAGAGGGCCCUACCAUCCGGAGAUGACAUGACCGUGUCACCUAGUGGCAAAAAACAGAGGCUGGAUUCUUCGGACAAGAGUGCUUCCGCCUGCUGGCACUGCCUGCUGUGGCACAGGGUGUGGGCCGGGCGCAGAAAAGUAAGACGUGACCUGCUGAAGAGCCUGCCGGCGGCCUCCAGGCCAGAGGGGGGCAGUGUGGAGCUGGAGACACAGGUGACGGAGUGCAUUGCUCAAGAGCAGCCUGCAGCAGAGAAGCUGCUGGAGUUCUCACUGGAAGCAGAGGUGCUGGGCGGCACGGAGAACACACAAACUGUUUUGAAGUUCACCCCUGGCGAUGACCAAGCUGGCCUCUUUCAGGACUUCUUCCACUUCCUGGAGUCCUUCCUGCCAAAGAUGACAGAGAAGUUCCUCGAAAAGCUGGAGUAG